AUGGCUAGUUCAGGAACAAAUCCAGCCUCCGAGCCAGCAACACAGGAUCAGGGCAGUUAUGGCCAGGAGGCACGGUCGCUGGCCAGCGGGGCCAGCAUAACCUCGGUGACGCGACAUUCAGCCAACAUCACUGCCCUGCUGGAGAAAAUGUCCAGCGUGCUGCCUGGCCGCGCAAGUGAAGACCUGGCCUCACCUGCCGCCGACUGCGCCGACCCGUCCACCAACUCGACCCUUUCUGAAGACAUCGAUUUGAACAUGGACGACAUGAAGGAGCUUCUCUCGCUCCUCACAACUGUGGUUGAGAAUGGUGGCUCUCGGAGCACGGCCGCCUUUCCUGCCCUCCUGGAGGAGCCCGAAGCCAAUAAUGUCUUUGCGUCGGAAGGGGCAUCGUCCACCGAAGAACUGCCUACGCGGCAGCCCAGUCCCCAGCGAGGUGGCAAUGCCUUUGGCACCUCUGUGCUGCAGCGCCUUCAUCACGUUCAAGUCUCUUCGCUCAACUUUAAUCGCGCCAAGUUGCAAUGGGAGUACCCGCCGACCACCCUUUUGCUUCUCAAGAAACGCGGGGAUCACAGCGUGACGGAAUGGUUUGAAGCCGUGGCCGCCUAUCUUGUCGAGCGCUACCCACACUGUAUCAUCUUCUUCCCACCCCAGCUAUUCAAGGAGGACAUUGCCGCUCUCAAAACCUCCAAACACUUUCAGGCCGUGUUUCGCCACCUCAAGACCUGGCCCGUCGAUCAGCCCUUUACUGAAGUGGCUGCCAAGCAGAAGUUUGAUCUCUGCAUUUGCCUCGGUGGUGAUGGCACACUCCUGCACCUGACGUCGAUGUUCCAGCACGAAGUUCCGCCCGUUUUGUGUUUCAAUCUCGGCAGCCUGGGGUUUCUCACGCCCUUUGACAUUGCCGACUAUAAAAGCGUCAUCGACCAGGCCAUGGGCGGAGACAUGCCAAUCAGCAUCCGCAUGCGCUUGCAAUGCAAGGUCACACCUUCACCCGCCCGGUCGGAGAAGCGGCCGUCGCGCUACGACGUUAUGCUGCAGGAGGCCGGGUUCAUUGCACAGACACCCAGCCUGACCUGGACCCUGUUGAAUGAGGUGACCAUCGAUCGUGGGCCUUCACCCUAUCUCACCAAGCUCGAGGUCUAUGUGGAUGGUGAGCCCGUGACAACGAUUCAGGGCGACGGCUUGAUCGUGGCCACACCCACGGGGAGCACGGCCUACUCGGCGGCCGCCGGUGGCUCCAUGGUGCACCCAGCCGUGGCAUGCAUCCUUUUGACGCCCGUCUGUCCACACAAUGUUACAUCGCGACCGAUUGUUGUACCUGCCAGCGCCGAGAUUGAGAUUGUGGUCCCCAGCGAUGCUCGAAGCCCAGCCUUUGCCGCGUUUGAUGGACGCAACCGACUCAAACUUGAUGUGAACGACCGCCUAACGGUCAAGUUUUCACCCUGGCCGUUUAGCAAGCAGAUCCGGCCUUUGACCAACGUCUCGUUCCGCGCUGUGUCAUUCCGGCAACGACUCGCCAUGGAGAAGAACGCUAACGUCUUCGUCCCGGACGGGGACUCAAAUGCCGAGGCACCCUUCAAGAACAGAAAUGCCAACGACGAGGCACCACCACCCCCCAAGUUUGGAUGCACGGUUGUCUUUGGGUUCUAUGUUCGCCUCGCUUGCUACCUUUUGGUCGCCCUGGCCGCCGCAAUCGCCGCGGGCACCUUCCAGACCGGCCGCAAGUGA